GAGGGAAGAGGUAUCAGCUGUUUGUUCGGUCGAUUUUAGUUUAUUUUGAUUUAUUUUCUAUCCUUCAGUUUUUAUGUGGAAUACUGAGUCCAAGUGCUAAUUGCCAGAUAGUUUGUAAAGUCACCAUGUCGCUAGAACAAACUGCGUGUGAAGAUCUAAAAGCAUUUGAGCGGCGAUUAACGGAGGUGAUAAAUAGGUUACAGCCUUCCACUGUGAGAUGGAGAAUGACAACACUCAACAGAACAUGCAUUUCAGUGGUCUUGAUAAUUGCUGCACUGAGCACAGCUUUUGGGGCAUACAUCUGGCUCACUGACCCCAUCACGCACAGCGCAACAGUUGCUCAGUCGCUCAUCAAUCAUCUCUUCUUUACUUUGGCUGCAUUUUCUCUAGUCUUGCUGUUCAUAGUGGGGAUCCACAAGAAGGUGGUUUUUCCCUCAAUCAUCACUUCACGAACCCGCAUCGUUCUCUCUGAUUUUAACAUGUCCUGCGAUGACACUGGGAAGCUUAUCUUAAAGCCAAGACCAACCACCACUUAAGAAUGAUAGAACUUAGGAUAUUUUGUAAAUUUAUUGCUAUUUUCUAAUGUUUUGCCCAAUACCUGUAUUUUACAAAUUAAAGGAAAGAAAGAACAAUAGUGUGUACAAAAAUUACUUGAAAGUGAGAUUAAUUAUAAUUUAAAUAUUUCAGUGUUUUAAGAUUUUUUUUUUUAGAUUUGAUUAUACUGCACUGAUUAUCCUGUGUUACAUCUCUGGGCAACAUUUUGGUCCUUAAAAAAAAUAUAUAUAUGUGUAAAUUUUAGGAAGAAUGAACAGUAUUGAGUAAAUAAUAAGCAAGUUUAUUAGGAACUCUGUACAUUUUAGAAUCAAAGCCCUUUUGUACAACAUGGAUGUUAGGAAGGAAUAUCCUGCGUCAUGUAAAUAUAUUAGGCCAUUUGUGCUAACAACUCUUUUUCUCUUUAUAUGCGAAGAAACAUUUAAUUUAUUGAUCACAUCUUAUGGGGGAACCUUGCUAUAUGCUAAUUUUUCUGUUUAAGGAAGUACACAUAUUGCGUAAUUAGUAGAAUUUAGAAUAAGAUUGAAAUUAGUAAAAGACAGUCUCCAUAAGCCCCACUCCAUUUUACAAUAAGCACCUCAUUUUCACUUCAUGUAAAAAAAAGAAGAUAAAAAGAACUACUAUUUCUCUAUUGCUAUUUCAGUACAUUUGGAUGAUUUCUUUUGGCAAGACAAUCAUUCGAGGCUGUUUUGGCGUUUGAUAUUUGUCUUCCUAAAGCUACAUCCCGGCAUUAUUUUCUGUAGGCAGAGAGGAUGUUGACUUGUGGCCUUGUCUACAUUUUGUAUGUAUUUGUGAAUCAUCUUCAAAUGUUAGGAUGAGGAAGAAGGGAGAGGGAAAGGAUGAAAAAUGAAACGAGAUGGCCAAAGGCAUCAAAGUUUUUGUAUAUUCUAUCAUGGUAGAUUUUUUUUAGGUUGAAUGAAUUAUAAGAAAAAAAUAAGAAAAACUAUCAGGGAUGAGUGACAAGGAUCAGAAGAGAUAUGAUCGGUAUAAACUGUAUGAUAUCGUGGUUGUUGUUAUGCAUUUAGUGAUUGUCUUGAGUCUCAUAUUUUUUGAAAGAUUGUUAUAGUUGACAGUUUUGUUUAUCUUUCAGUACCAGAUAUACUACACAGAAGUAUCAUUUAUUUCAGGAAUGUACAAUGCUUGCUUACUCUUUUACAAACUUAGAAAAUGCAUCUUGUAAAAGAAAUGUAAAACUUCUGUUAUGAAACUACAGGAAGAAUAGUUAGACAGUUUGGUGGAUAUGAUCCUAAUAAUGGUGAAAAAGAAAAUUGCUUUAUUACUUAGAAGAAAGCAAUUAUUAAAGUUCAUAAAUUAGACCGUUACAAGAAAAAUGCCAACAGGUUGAUUUACCUUGUGUAUGAAGAAUUUCCAUACAUGAAAGACUGAGUUUGUGAUAAUAAACAUACAAAGUGAA